AUGACUGUGGAUCAAUAUCAUCAGCUGCAAAUAUGAGAGUGUGCGUCGUGCUGCUCGCAGGUACGGCCUGAGGGAAGCCAUGGAAGGGGAGGACUGGACGCUCUACUGGACUGACUGCUCUGUUUCACUGGACAGAGUUAUGGACAUGAAGCGCUACCAGAAAAUCAACCAUUUUCCCGGGAUGAGUGAGAUUUGCCGAAAGGAUCUGCUAGCACGAAACAUGAAUCGCAUGCUGAAACUCUUCCCUAAAGAAUACAAUAUCUUUCCCCGAACAUGGUGCCUACCUGCAGAUUACAGUGACUUUCAAGCUUACACCAGGGCCAAAAAACACAAAACGUACAUCUGUAAGCCAGACUCAGGUUGCCAAGGACGAGGCAUCUUCAUCACCAAAUCCAGCAAGGACAUACGUCCUGGGGAACACUUGAUUUGUCAGGUGUACGUUUCCCGACCAUUCAUUAUUGACGGCUACAAGUUUGACCUGCGUAUCUACGUGUUGGUGACAUCCUGUGACCCCUUCCGCAUCUUUAUGUACAAGGAGGGACUGGCUCGCUUCUGUACCUUCCAGUACAACGAGCCCACCAAUGGCAACGUGGAGAAUGUCUGCAUGCAUCUCACUAACUAUGCCAUCAACAAGAACAGCGAGAACUUUGUCCGUGAUGAUGACACUGGUAGCAAAAGGAAACUGUCCACACUAAACAAGCACCUCGAGGCAAUGUGCUACGACACAGCGAAGAUGUGGACCGACAUUGAGGAUGUGAUCAUAAAGACCCUAAUCUCUGCUCACCCAAUCCUCAAGCACAACUACCAUACCUGCUUCCCCAACCAUGCAUCCGGCAGUGCCUGCUUUGAGAUCUUGGGCUUCGACGUGCUCCUGGACCACAGACUCCGGCCCUGGCUUCUAGAGGUGAACCACUCCCCCAGUUUCACCACUGACUCUCGCCUGGACCGGGAGGUGAAGGACGGCUUGCUGUACGACACCCUGGUCCUGAUUAACCUGGGGGCCUGCGACCGCCGCAAGAUCACAGAGGAGGAGAAGCGACGUGUGAAGGAGCGCCUGCAGCAGAACCGUUCUAGAGAAGCCAGGAGCGAGGAGCUGCGUGUGUCGCAGGCAGCCAGUGUGGAGCAGAUGCAGAGGUACGAGGCCAAGCACCAGGGGGGCUUCCGCAGGAUCUUCCCCCGCGAGGGUGGGGACAAGUACGAGAAGUACUUCAAACACAGCAGCUCCCUCUUUCAGGAGACGGCGGCCUCCAAGGCCAGAGAGGAGUGUGCCAGGCAGCAGCUGCAGGAGCUGCGUCUGAAGAAGGAGCAGCUCCUGACGAUGCCUCCUCUGCCCACUGCGACCAGCGGUGACACAGCAGCAAUAGACAUGUCUGAGGAGGAGGAGGUGGAGCGUGUGACUGGACUGCUCCAACGAGAGAGCCUCCUGAGAGACCUGGGGGUGGUGGAUCAGGUGUACCGGCUGCUGCACGGCCGUCACGGCAUGCCUGACUCGUUCCACCCCCACGAGCAAAAUGAGACGUUCCACCACAGGCCCGACAGAACCAAUAAGCUGGACUCCCUGCCUGAGAAUGCGAGGAGGCCCAGGCACCACUGCACUGUGAUCCCGCGGCAGGUGCCUGUGGGGACCAAGCCCUGCCUGCAGUAUGUCCACUCCCAGCUGCUUAAGCAGCCACAACGUUGGCCCUGGCACAGUAUGGACAGGGCCCCCCACAGCCUGGUGCAGGGCGAGUCUGCCUGCAUGCAGUACUACUCAGCCGAAGAACCGGUCAUUGAGACGGUCCGGUGUGCCCCGGGUGACCUGAGGAGGAGUAAUAGUGCCCAGCGGAUCCCUUGGACAAUCGGCGUUCCCGUGGUGACGGCUCGGCAGGGCAGCAUGAGCUCCUCCUGUGCUGAGACCCGUGCCCGGGCCACUGUGUCAAACGUGAACCAGCUCAUCCCGGGGCGGCUGACCUGCGCCCGCAUGUCCUCCGACCCCAAAGCCCUGCAGAGCCUCUUUGUCAUCUCCACCCCGGCCCCUCUGGUCCGCAGGCCAGACUUCCCCCACCCAGUCCGCAAAGCCUCUCGCAAACUGCCUCCGCAUGGGCAAGGGCACUAGAAACCAGUGUUGUCAUUUGACGUGUCAUACCGCGGAACAGCCACCAGUGGGGAUGAUCGAUCCAGGUUUUUUUUGUUGCACAAGCUGUCCCCCCAAGCAGAUUCUCUCUACCUGUGUAAGAUCUGUUGCCUCCUUUUUGUACCACCUCAACAUUUACAUUUUAAAUUCAGGAAAAUUCAAGGAGGACAAAUUGAGGUAGUGAGGCCUUAUCUUGUACAAAUAACAUUGAAAACAAUUGUGCCUAUCGAACAAGGUGUUGUGUGGUAUUUGGUAUAGUUAGAUGUGUCAUAUGAUGAAUGAUCUAAUGAGAAACCUUGGCUUGUUGGAUACCAUAUUGGUUACCAGAAGUAUACCGUUCACUAAGCCAGUGGCGUAAUUUCUUUAAUUUCCUCUCCGAUCUGUCAAAUCAGGUUGGGAGAUGCAGUAUAUGACUAUGCGAGAAUGUGGUAAACGUGAGUGGGACACUCACACACAUUAUUGCUCAUUUGUGCCAAAUGUCUCUAACAUUAUUAGUUUAGUAUUAUAUUGUUUAUUGAGUUUGACACUGAAUAUCAGACUUUAGUUUGGAUGAGAUGAAUGGUCAUUGAGUUCAGUUUUUUUAACUAAUUUAUUCAAAUUAAAUAUGCUCUGGUGUUCUUAUUGGCCUAGUUAUCAGGAGAAAUUGUAUUUGUACGUUAGUACAAAUGACACUCUUUAAUUAUAAAAAUAUUAUAAAUGUGUACAAAAUCAUGAAUGUAUAGUUUGAUGUCUAUAAAUGCCUAGAUAUUGAGGUCUAACUUAACCAGUUUCUAUCAAACUAUUUAAAUAAAAAAACUCAUUGAAGUUGUGUUUAAAUUCCACAUUAA